CUCUGGUCACAGCAGAGGAAACAGAAACUGCAGUUUGUCCUGAAGGUAACGACAACAAAAGCUUCACCUCACAGACUGAGAACGAAACUGAAAGGAAGAAAACUGAUGAGGAAAUGAAGCAAGUAACAGGCACUGAUGAUCAUCAGCAGGAGGAAACAGAGAAGGAGGAGGAGCAGGAGGAGCAGGAGGAGGCAGGAGGAGGAGGAGGAGGAGGAGGAGGAGGAGGAAGGUCAGCUGGUGACAAAUGACCAGUUCUCAGAGCAACCUGAAGACGAAAUUACUGAGCUUAAAGAGACAAAAGAAUUGGGGGAAGAGGAAGCAGAAGAAGAAAAGGAAGAGGAAGAGGAAGAUCAGCAAGAAAGGCAGGAGAAUAUCGUAGAAGAGAAGGUGAUAGAAAGAAACAUGAUAAGUCAGGAAAACUCUGAUCACCAAUACUCCAGUGGAGAUUACAACCAUCACGCCAAAGAAUCAACAGUGGAGCAGAGGAAGAGGGAGGAGGAGGAGGAGGAGGAGGAGGAGGAAGAGGAGGAAGAGGAGACGGACGUCCACCAAGAGGAUGACACUCCUUACACUUUGAGUCCACGCACUCAGGGAUCUGAGGCUGAGAUGUCACUCAGGGAAGAAAAGGUCAGCACCCCUAUGACUGAGGAAGAGGAGGAGGACGAAUAUGAGCGAGAGGAAGAAGAGGAUGAGAGGCAGAGGAAGGAAGUAGGCGAGGUGUUGGAAGAGGAAGAGGAGGACCGAGACUCCAGCAAAUCCUCUCCGACUACAGUGGUUAUAGAAGUCCGCUCUGAGGAGGAUGAGGACGAGGACGAUGACGAAGAGGAGGAGGAGGAGGAAGACGAGGAUGAAGAUGAGGAGGAGGGGGAGGGGGAGGAGGAAGAGGAAGGAGAGGAGCAGGAUCGUGUCUCAGAGGGCUCAGGAAUCACAGACGACUCAGAGAACUGGGAUAUGACCCGUGGGAACCUGGGGCUGCUGGAGCAGGCCAUCGCCCUGAAGGCAGAGGAGGUGAAGGGGGGGCAGGAGGCCCAGAGCUCCCCGGACUACCAACCAUACAGCACCUCCAGCAAGAGCUCCGAGCCUGCUGCCGUAGCCCGCCGCACUGCGCACUACAGCAAAGAGAAAAAGGAGGUGAAGUGUCCAACCCCAGGGUGUGAUGGAACUGGUCAUGUGACCGGGCUGUACCCUCACCAUCGCAGUCUCUCUGGAUGUCCUCACAAAGACCGAAUCCCUCCAGAGAUCCUAGCCAUGCAUGAGAACGUCCUGAAGUGUCCGACUCCAGGCUGCACAGGCCAAGGCCAUGUCAACAGUAACCGCAACACACACCGCAGUCUGUCCGGCUGCCCCAUCGCAGCAGCCACUAAGCUGAACAAGAGCCAGGACAAGCAGGUGCAUUUACAGGCUUCAGCCAGCGAAGCCCCUUCCAACUCUGACAGAGUGCUCAGGCCCAUGUGUUUUGUGAAACAGCUGGAGAUCCCUCAGUAUGGCAGCUACCGGCCCAACACAGUGACCACCACGCCUCGAGCUAACCUGGCUAAGGAGCUGGAGAAAUACUCCAAGGUGUCUUUUGACUAUGCAAGCUUCGAUGUCCAGGUGUUUGGAAAGCGUAUGCUCAUUCCAAAGACACCCAGCAGCACUGAAACAUCACCCAAAGCCUUCAAAUCUAAAUCAUUCCCUAAGGCCUCCUCCCCCAGUCACAGUGUGUCAGGAGGCUUUUCUAAGAGCGCCUCAUCCUCUAGCAGUUAUGACUAUAGCCAAGAUGCAGAGGCCGCCCACAUGGCAGCAACAGCCAUCCUUAACCUGUCCACUCGCUGCUGGGAGAGACCAGAGACCAUCAGCACCACACCCAGGGAGCCCAGCACCAAGGAGUCAGACAUUGAAGUAGAUGAGAACGGCACUUUAGACCUCAGCAUGAAGAAGACCAAGAAGGAUGGCGUACAGCCUCCAGAGCCUUCAUCCUCCUCGUCUUCAUCCUCUCAACACAUCGGAGCCACCUUGUCUCAGGGCCACACUCAGCCAGAGUGGGAGGAGCCGCUGGACUUCACCAAACCAAGUGGAGUUAAAGAGGAAGACCAUGAAGAGGUUGACUAUACAGCUCCAUCAUACACUUCAUCUGAUGGUGAGGAAGAGGACCAGGAGAACCUGGAGGACAGGAAGUACCCCGGUGAGGUCACCACCAGCAACUUCAAGGUCAAGUUUCAGCCCAAAGACAGCAAAAAAGAGGUUCUUAUAUGUCCCACCCCAGGCUGUGAUGGCAGUGGACAUAUCACUGGCAACUACGCAUCACAUCGAAGUCUGUCAGGCUGUCCUCUUGCUGAUAAAUCACUUCGGACCCUCAUGGCUGCCCACACAGCUGAACUAAAGUGUCCCACUCCUGGUUGUGAUGGGUCAGGCCACAUCACAGGAAACUACGCGUCACAUAGAAGUCUUUCCGGAUGCCCUCGAGCCAAGAAAGGAGGGGUCAAAUCCACCCCCACCAAGGAUGACAAGGAAGACUCUGAGCUGCUGAGUGAGAGUGGAACCAGUCAGACGGAGCUUUCUGUCUCCAGGUGUCCAGUUCCUGGCUGUGACAGUCUGGGCCACAUCAGUGGGAAGUACGCCACUCACCGCAGUGCCUACGGUUGUCCGCUGGCAGCACGCCGGCAGAAGGAGGGUCUUCUUAACGGCACUCCCUUCUCAUGGAAGGCCUUCAAGACCGAGGGCCCGACCUGUCCGACACCAGGCUGCGACGGCUCUGGCCACGCUAACGGCAGUUUCCUGACACACCGCAGUCUGUCAGGUUGUCCCAGAGCGUCGGCCAACAAGAAGAGAGGCAAAUUCCCCGGAGAUGAGUACAUCACUGCAAAGUUCAGAGCCAGUGAUGUUCUGGACAACGACGAGGACAUCAAGCAGCUCAACAAGGAGAUCAACGAUUUGAGCGAGUCCAACUCAGAGAUGGAGGCCGACAUGAUGAACCUGCACACUCAGAUCUCUUCAAUGGAGAAGAACCUGAAGACCAUGGAGGAGGAGAACAAACAUAUCGAGGAGAGGAAUGAGGCCUUGUUCCUGGAGCUAUCCGGCCUGAGUCAGGUCCUGAUCCGGAGCCUGGCCAACAUCCGCCUGCCCGCCAUACAGGAGCCUCUAUCAGAGCAGAACUUUGACGGCUAUGUGGAAACCCUGACCCACAUGUUUACCAAUAAAGACUGCUACCAGAACCCUGAGAACCGGGCUCUGCUCGAGUCCAUUAACCAGGCGGUGAAGGGCAUCGAGGUGUGACAGACAGGACGAGCACAGGGGGUGGGCCAUCACAGUGACUACACCCAUCUUUCUUUCCAAACCCUUUAGAUUCUGUAUGUAAUUAAUUCUUCUCAUUUGGAACUAUGUCAGCUGCUCUUUGCAUUAGUUUGCUGUUUGCAUGUUGCUUUAUGAUGGUAUGAGCGUGAACAGAUUAGGGUGUGGGCAGCACACUGAAAUUAAACUGUUGCUGUCAGCGAGGGCAUCUCCAGGUAUACACAGAUAGGCACAGAGUGCAGAACAAAAUCAGGAACGCAGUAUACAACCUGAGCUGAGCAGAUUCUUAGUUAGUGAACCAUCUCCACUCAUUAAUGUUGAUAGUAUUCUAUAUGAGCAUAGUGAUGUUGCACCUCCAGGACUAGUUUGUAGACUCAUUCUUACUAUUGCUGUUACUAUUUAAGUCCUUUGCAAGUGUUGGUUUAAUAACAACUUAUUCAUUCAUGUCUGCUGUAUUAUUCUUUGUGUUAGCCUAUUUAUUAUUCAUUAUUUAUUUAUUCACUUUUUAUUUAUUUUAAAAUGCUACCUGAGAAGAUUUUAAAUGGUAACCGAGAGAAGGGAAUCAUUUCCUCUGCAUUGUUGAAUAAUGAGGAAAUAUUUUAAGAUAUCAACUAUGAAUUGUUUUAUAUAUCUUAUUUAUUUAAAAUACUGGGAUCUUUUUAAGUGCAAAUAUUUUGUAACUGAAAGUUUUUUAAUAAUUUUCUAAAGAUUUCUUUUUUUGUUGGUGCUUGUUUAUAUGAUUUUCCUUUUUAUUUUCACAAACUAUUUUGAGUACAUUGCAAUACACUGGGAAUAUUGAGCUGCACAUAUUUGGUAUUUAUUUGGUGAUGAAGAACAAAGUGAUGGUGAAUAUUUAUUUUGUAUUGUCUAUGUGUUACUGAUGGCUGUGUACGGAUUAGUCUUUAAGUUGCUCUUGAAAUAAAGGUUAACCCACAGUAAAUGUGGACUGGACAAUG